CCCUUUGCCUCCUUUUCUUGUUUUCCCUUCCCCUAUUCCUUCCCACGCAUUGCUAAAACUCAGCCAUUCCUCGGACAACUAUACACCAUUCAGAACAGGUUAGACUGAGGAUCAAGAACAAGCUUGCACAACAGUGCUGAUCAAACCAUGAACGGAAAAAGAAAUCGAAGUGAGUUGGAAGAUGACACACUAAAUAAAUGCCAGAAGAAAUUGAAAAGUAGCCACAAAGUAACUUUUGCUGGAGUUACCACCAGCCGGUCUGUAAUCAUAGAGGAGGAUCUUGAAGACGAAAACAAGAUUUCGAUAGAGCGAAUCUGCCAAGUUUCGGAACCUCAUCAUCAGGAGAAAUGCAAAAUAAUCGACAACAUGAUGUUCACAAAGAAGCAAGACGGGCCUGCAGAUGCACAGGUCAUUGUGUUGAAGCUGCUCGAGGGGUUGGUGAAGAGGAAGAUAAACAACGCCUCUGACGUCUUAAAAUGUGUGAUUACAUGCCUGCUGAGGAAGAACAUGCCGAUCGAUGCAAAGAAAGAAAACGAUAAGGACGGGGUGGACGAGAUGAGCGAUGACAUUCUAUGGUGCGUUGGAAAGGGGCUGGCAAGCACUGGGCUGUUCGAGCAAGUAGCGGAUCGCCUCAAGUCAAUAGCUACGCGUGUCAAGGCAAACAAGAUCGUUGGAAUCCUUCCUGGAACAACAAGGUUGGACGCAACGUUUCUUGAGCCCCUGAAGUUCUUGUACAUCCACGUCAAGAAAUGUGGGUAUUACCUGGAGAAGUCAAGGACUUCUGUUAGCGAGACUCCGACAUUGCCCACGUUCUGCGGUCACCCUGACGUGAUGGAAAGGAAGACUAUUGUGAUUGCACAUUAGAAGACUCGUACGAGUUCCUAAAGCCUUAACGGUUGCUGGAAGCCUGACUUUGGAGAAAGUUUUCAAGUUUCGUUUUCAAACAUUUUUUCUCAGACAAACUUCUGUAUUUUCACAUGCCUACUACAAACUUUGAAAGUUGUAAUUUUACCAUGAUAAAUUCAUCUCGAAGUACUGCAAUGGCCGACACAACGACAGUGACGGUGGCAUCAUUCAUCAUCUCAAUUUCAUAGCAUCCAAAGUUUCAGUAUCACUUCAAGUCAACUCGUAGCGCUACGGUACCGUACGAAGUGCCAAACCCUAAGCCUUUUUAUUCAAAGUGAAGUUAAAAACCAGU